AUGUCAUUAUCGCCUGACAAAAUCUUCACAUUUUGCUUCAAACUCCCUAGGAGAAUAGAUAUACCCGUUGAAUCAAAUCAGCCUACAACAAAGAAAAAUUUCAAGAUAAAAGAAUUGACGACAACUAAUUCAUACCCUUCUAUAUCUAUAAAUAUUAAGCAGUAUGUUCUGUUCACCAGUGAGAAGUAUAUUGAAGCUUCAAGGAAACCUACUGCAAAAGAUAAGAAGACAGCCAUUACCAGAGGAAGCUUUCGUACAAGGAACAAGUUCAUUAUCGCCAGAAACCUUCUAUGUCGAUUAGUAAAGCAUGAGAAGGCCUUGAGUAGUACAGAAAUUUCAAAAGUUGUUUCUUUAGUCUGGAAGGAAAGUAACAAGUCGUUACAUGACUACUUUGAAUACCUUUCCCUUUUGGAGACUUAUUGGUAUGAUAAGCUAAUGCUGAGUUAUGGUAACUCAACUCUACAAGCAACCGCAACUGCAGCAGUCAGCAUAAGACUAAGCUCGGUACCCUACGAAAAUUUGUGCGCUAGUUGCUAUAAUAAGCAUAAGCAAAAGAAAACUUUGAAUUACGAUUACUCCAAGUCAGCAAAGUUUCGGGUGCAUAAGGAUUUUAAGGAAAAGAAGAAGACUUUCUUGACGAUUAAAGACCACUCGAAAAAGCUUGAAAAACUCCUGGAUGCCUUCAGGAUUAAUCAAUGUACCAUUACUACAAAUUUUGGAAUUGUCACUGAAGAUAUGUUUUUCAAUUCGCUUUAA